AUGUGGCUAAAAGAUGGAGAUCUAAAUACAAAAUAUUUCCAUGCAUCCACAAAGCAGCGGAGAGCGGUUAAUCGGAUAGUGGGGCUCCAUAAUGAAGGGAACGUCUGGGUUGCGGGUGAAAAGGAGGUUCAGAAGGUAGGAGUUGAUUAUUUUCAAAAACUCUUCACAUCUACAUUACCGGUGGAUUUUACGAGGGUUCUGGAAAAUGUAUCAGGAUGCAUUACUCCAACAGAAAACGAGAUUUUAACUCGUGGUGCUACAGAGAUGGAGGUGAGGGAGGCAUUAUUUAUGAUGCACCCAGAAAAGGCACCGGGGCCAGAUGGGAUGACAGCCUUAUUUUUCCAACGUUCAUGGCAUAUAGUGAAAGAGGAUAUUCUAGCUAUGGUAAACAACUUUCUAUCAACCGGGGUUUUGGAUGACAGACUGAAUAUGACUAAUAUCUGUCUCAUUCCAAAGACGGACUGA